GUCAAUUUUUAGAAUCCAUUUUCUCUCAGCUCCAACCUCUCUUUUCUUCUUCCUCCUCUUCCUCUGCAAUACAAUACUCCCUGUCUAAGUGCAGAACCAUGGCAGGCGAUGCUACGGCCGGUAGAUCAGCUACUCCUCCCUGCUGCUUUCUGUUAAUUCUACUGUGUUGCUGUCUCCGCCUGGCCCCGAACAAUGCGGAGGAGCUUCAAAGGUUCAACCACCCGACAAAGCCCGACGGAUCCCUCAGCUUCCUUGUCGUCGGCGACUGGGGCCGCCGAGGCUUGUUUAACCAAUCCCAAGUCGCUUCUCAGAUGGGAAGGAUAGGGGAGCAGCUCGACAUAGAUUUCGUAAUUUCUACAGGAGAUAAUUUCUACGACAAUGGUCUUACUGGGGAGGAUGAUCCAGAAUUUGAGGAGUCCUUCACAAAAGUCUACACUGCACAGAGCUUGCAGAAGCAGUGGUACAGCGUACUAGGAAACCAUGAUUACAGAGGCGACGCAGAGGCACAGUUGAGCCCCGUGCUUAGGCAAACUGAUUGGCGAUGGCUUUGCUUGAGAUCUUUCAUCGUCAAUGCAGAGUUGGCUGAAAUUUUCUUCGUGGAUACUACCCCAUUUGUGAGAUCCUACUUCACCGACUCGAAGGGCCACACAUACGACUGGCGGGCCAUUAAAUCUCGCAAGGCUUACAUCAGAGAAGCAAUCGAAGAUUUGGAGUCGGCGCUGACGGAGUCAAUUGCCUCGUGGAAGAUCGUGGUUGGUCACCAUUCAAUCAGAAGUAUCGGGCAUCAUGGCGACACAGAGGAACUUGUGAAAUUGCUCCUUCCAGUACUGCAGGCGAACAGUGUCGACUUUUACAUGAAUGGGCACGACCACUGCCUCGAGCAUAUUAGCGAUAAGGAUAGCUCGAUUCAGUUCCUAACAAGCGGAGCAGGCUCGAAAGCGUGGAGGGGAGACAUCAAGGAUGUAAACAGAAAAGACCUGCGAUUCUUCUAUGAUGGGCAGGGAUUUAUGUCGGUCCAGUUGUCACAGGCCGAUGCCGAGAUUGUCUUCUACAAUGUAUUUGGGGAAGCUUUGCGUACACUGAACGCUUCAAAGGGACUUCAUCAAUCCAUAUGAAAGGUAGGAAACAAGAUGCAUUGUAGUUUAUAUUGUAACAUUGGCAGGGGAAUUCGAUGAUAUUAUAUGGCAUCAAAAUUAUCGAUCGA